UACCAUUAUACCAUCAUCCUCUGACAUUCAUUCUUCUCAUACCUGCUUUGCCUAUCAGAAAAAGAAUCGUUAAUUGUUGUUCCAUAAUGGCAGAGGCAUUUCUCCAACUCGUUCUUGACAAACUGAUCUCUCUUAUCAACCGGGAGAUCGGACUGAUCUUGGGUGUCGACGAGGUGAUGAAGAAGCAAUACAGCACCCUCACCACCAUCCAAGCUGUGUUGGAGGAUGCCGAAGACAAGCAAAUCAAGAGCAAGCCAAUUCGAAACUGGCUGCAGAAGCUCAACGAUGUUGCUUAUGUGAUUGAUGACGUAUUGGAUGAGUGCAACACUCAUGUCUCCAAACUCAACCACUCCGAUUCAAAACACAGUCGCUACAGCCUCAACAAAAUUUUGUAUCGCCACAACAUCGCAAGGAGAAUGAAGCAAGUCAACGAGAAAUUGGAGGCCAUUGCUGCGGAGCGCACUAAGUUUCAUCUGCGCGAGAUGUCUGUGGAUAAGCCAAGAGAAGUUACUCUUGCUUCACGCGAGACCGCUUCCUUGUUAAACAAGUCUAAUCAGAUUCAUGGCAGGGAAGAAGAUAAAGACAAAAUUGUGGAGAUAUUGGUAAAUGACGUGAAGGAGAAACAGGAGAUGUCUGUGCUGCCAAUCAUCGGUGUUGGCGGCCUUGGCAAGACCACUCUCGCUCAACUAGUCUUCAACGAUCCCCAGGUGGAAGAUCAUUUCGAUAUAAGGAUUUGGGUUUGUGUUUCUGAUAACUUUGAAAUGAAGACUUUGGUGAAGGCCAUGAUUGAAUCUGCAACGGGAAGUGGAAAAGCAUGGGAUCUUCAGCACUUGGAUGCUACAGAGCGUCGUCUCUGGGAAUUGUUGAGCAAAAAAAGAUAUUUGAUUGUGAUGGAUGAUGUUUGGAAUGACCACCAGGAUAAAUGGUUUGAGUUGAGAGAUAUUUUGUCAUGUGGAUCAGCUGGUUCGUCGGUUGUUGUCACCACACGGCAGAAGAAGGUUGCUGAUAUAAUGACAACACUUCCAUGUCAUUGUCUUGAGGGGCUGUCGGAUGAGCACUGUUGGGCGCUGCUGCAGCAGCGCGCCUUCGGACCAAAUGAAGAGGUGUCACCACAGAUGGAAAUAAUUGGGAAACAGAUCGUGAAUAAAUGUGCUGGAGUGCCCAUGGCUGCUACAGCGCUUGGAGGAAUCCUACGGAUUAAAAGGAGAGAUGAGGAAUGGAUACAUGUGAGAGACAAUGAGAUAUGGAAGUUGUCGGGAGAAGAGAGUUUGAUAAUGCCGGCUUUGAGAUUGAGUUAUCAUCAUCUUUCGUUGGAGCUCAGGCAAUGCUUUGCAUAUUUUGCAGCAUUUCCUAAGGACCAUUACAUUGAAAGAGAAGAACUGGUCCUUCUUUGGAAGGCUCAUGGCUACAUUUCAUCAAAUGGGACUCUACAAGUGGAAGAUGUUGGAAAUCAAAUAUGUAAUGAGCUACUACUUCGAUCUCUUCUACAAACAAAUUUGUUAUACACAAACAAGAUUGGUAUGCAUGAUCUCGUUCAUGAUCUUGCAGAAUCAAUAAUGGAGAACAAAGUCCCCGGGGUACAAAGUGAAAGAAAUCUCGCAAGUGCAUCUACUGUCCGCGAGGUAAAUUUGCUACAUAAAACUGCCUUGUUUCCUAAAACUUUUCAGCAAGAUAUGAACAUUACUUCCAUCUUGGAGCUCAAAAGUUUAAGGGUAUUAUAUGCAAAAGCAAUAAAAUAUUUGCCUCCUUCAAUCAUCAAUCUUAAACAUUUGCGAUACUUGAAUUUGUCUCAUUCUGAAAUUCGCACUCUCCCUAACUCGUUAUGUACUCUUUGGAAUUUGCAAAACCUCAACUUGGAUUACUGUGAUAGACUUGUGGCUUUGCCUAAGAAGCUCACAUCUUUACGUAAUCUCCAACAUCUAUGUUUAUUAGGGUGCAAGUCAUUGCGUGAGAUGCCAUCUAAAAUGAGAAACUUAAAUGGCCUAAAAACAUUGAGUAUGUUUGUUGUGGGUCUAAAGAGAUAUAACCAACUUGAGGAACUGGAAUGCUUGAACAUCAGUGGAAGGCUUGAGAUUAGGCAUCUGGAGAGAGUAAAAGACCAUAUAGAUGCAAAGAAAGCAAAGAUUGCAGAGAAAAACAAUCUUCGAGAGUUGAGUUUGUCAUGGGAAAGAAAUGACUUAUCCAAGCUAGAGGAGGAAGUUGAUGAAAGGGUGUUGGAAGCACUUGAACCUCACCACAACCUUUACUCUCUCUCUAUAAAAGGCUUCAAUGGUAGAUAUCUUCCACGAUGGAUGGAAAGUUCAACGCUGAGAAAAAUAGUUGAGAUUUAUAUAACUGAUUGCGAAAAUAUUAGGCGUUUUCCAAAACUGGGAGAGUUACCUCAUCUUGUGGGACUGUAUUUAACGAACGUGAAGGUGGAGUAUAUUAUUGAAGAAGAAGACGUUGGGAAUGGACACCCAGUAAAGAUACAGUUUGUGGCUUUGAGAUCACUAUAUUUAAUUGAUCUCCCAAAUCUUAAGGGACUCUCAAAGAAGCAAGUGAGUAGUAAAGAAGCAUUCCCAAAUCUCCAAAUUUUAUGGAUUAAGCAUUGCUCCUCAUUAAUACUGCCAACACUCUCUUCCUUCCAAAAUUUGGAGUCACUAAGCUGCAGUAGCUCAACUUUGGGUUUAUUAUCUGAGGAGGACAUUCCUAUUAAUCUCGAAGUGGAUAUUGAGGAGAGCCUGACAUGUUUCCCAAUAGAAACAAUGUCAAAGUUCCGUAAGCUCCGAUUACUGACGAUUACAGGUGCAAAAGAGAUCUCUGUGACAAGAGAAGGUCUGCAAGACUUAAAAGAGCUUUCAUAUUUAAGUCUUGAGAGUUGUUUGACAAUGAGAUGUUUACCAGAAGGGAUGUUGCUUCACCUUACUGCUCUGGAUUCCCUCCUGAUAUGCGAUUGCCGAGAGUUAGUAGAGCUCCCAGAGGAUAUUAAACAUCUCCAUAAUCUUGACUGGCUCUUGUUACAUUGUCUUCCCAAGAUGACACGCUUGCCACAAGCCUUUCAACAGCUCACUUCGCUAAACCUAAUGGAUCUUCCUGAGCUCGAAUCACUCCCAGAUCAAGUACCAUCUCUUAUUAACCUCACUGUUGCAGACUGCCCAAAGCUUUUGUCGAUUCCUGAUCUUCCUAAACUAAAAGAGAUAACAAUCACUGGAUGCCCACAGCUGGAAAGGCGAUGUCGGAGAGGAAGUGGAGAGGAUUGGCACAAGAUUGCCCACGUUCGCCACAUCAAUAUUUCUCCAAAAUAUGUAAAACAAAUAUGAAGUUGUGUUGCAGGAACUUUGGAGGGUUGGCAUAGUGGUACUGGUAGGGGCCUGGGGGGGCUAUUCCUAAGUGAUCUUCCUGAGCUGGAAUCACUCCCAGAUCAGCUACCAUCUCUUAAUAGACUCUUUGUUGCAAACUGCCCAAAGGUUGUAUCGAUUCCAGCUCUGCCAAAUCUGGAUGAGCUAAUGGUCUCUGGAUGCCCACAACUCGAGAGGCGAUACAAGAGAGGAAGUGGAGAGGAUUGGCACAAGAUUGCUCACGUACGCCGCAUCGUAAUUCUAUGACUUCAAGUGACAUCAUUCUUCGAGGUUAAGAAGAUGUACCAGAAACAGCAUUGAAAAAAGAAUACAAAGAUGGCGCUGGAGAUCAGAGACGGAGCCAGGAAUUUAUACUGGGAGGGGCAAAAAUAUACGUAGGCAAAAUUCAUGUAUUUUAGAUGGAGCAAUUAGUGAGAAAUUAAACUAAAUAAAUUUUAUAUUAUACAAAUUAUAUAUAUGUAAGGAAAAUGGAGGAGGGGCAUUUGCCCCUUCUUGAUACAUGUUGGAUCCGUCCCUGCUGGAGAUGGUGAAACAGCAGAGUGGGGCGAAGCAACAGUGCUUGAGAAGGACGCAGACUGGGCCGUGGUAAGGGCCACGUGGAACGAGAUACGCCUGUGUAAAUAGUACAUAGAAUACGACGUGGUUCCUGUUGUUGUAGAUGAGUAUAGAGAGAGUUAGAGGAGUAGCGCUUCUUUGCCUUAGGAUGCAUAUCUCAUGUUUCGAUGGAAUGUAGGUGGAAAUAGUUUCAAAAAGGAAGGGUAGUCGAUUAGGUACAAAGAUUGGUAGAGUGUUGUUCCCAACUCCCAAAGUGUCGUGUUUCUCAUGUUCAUAUUCGUGUUCGUGUUUUAAUUUUGUU